CUCUGCAUUCAUUUACAUUGGUCCAGAUGUGCCUGUAAGUAUUGUUUUUUUUAACUCAGAAUUUGUGUCUUGAAAAUUCACAAAUAACUCGUUAUAAGAACAAAUUAAUACGACCGGGUGAAACGAUGAAUGAAGAACAAAACAUAUUCAGCCUGUUUUUUUUGUUUGUUUUUUAUUUUCCAAUUAUUGAUUAAUACUCCGUAGGUUUUUGGGGAAAAAACCCCGAACUGUUAGCAAAUGUUCAUCCUCAUUUUAUUCAUAAGGAACUUUUCUCCUUCAGUGAACGUUUGAGUGACGUGUGACCGUUAGUCGUAUAUGGUCAUUCAGUCAUUCGAGAACAGUAAUCCGAAGCGAACGAUACCUCAUAGCACGACCUUAAAGACGAUCAUUAGGAGUUGAAGACAGUGGAAUAUCGGCAGUAAUUCAGGACGUUCAUGUACGUGGGACAAAACGCCCACAACACAUUCUUCUCAGCGCAGAUGUAACGCACAGAUAUUCACCAAUGCGCACUAGCUGGAGAAAUUAUUUAAACGACGGACGAAGCAAACCUUUUUAAGCAAGGGAGAUAUCACGAUUGGAAAGAGACUGACUUCUGCACCUUUUGAUGACUCCAGUUCGCACACCUGUGAAGGUUUCUACUUCCUGUGGCCAUAAUCACACCAUGCCGGAGGGGGCCAGCCGGGACCAUCAGAAGAAGCUCAGCAACCAAGCUGCUAAGCGUCCCUCCUCUGUCUCCUCUCUGAGCGGGAUUGUGAGUCGGAUGGCCUCCUCAGGCGGUGCCUCACGCGGGAGCUGCACCUCCGUCAACACCGUGUGCUCCGAUAGCGACCGGGGAGCCAGCCUCAGCUCGUCCGCCUCCUCCGCCUCGCUGCAAGACGCCCACUCCUCCUCUUCUUCCUCGCUUCCCUACAGCGCGGUGACCGCGGACCCUUCUCCCCAGCGCAACGGCUCCGACAUCAGCCUGGACCUCACGCCGCUGUCCCUGCUGCCUGGGGUGGGCGCAGAACCCGGGGCCGCCACCCCUCUGCCAAAGCUCUCCCGCCUGGAGAGGGUUGAGCUGGAGAUCGUUGAGACAGAGCAGGCCUACGUGAGGGACCUGAAGAGCAUAGUGGAGGACUAUCUGGGGUGCAUCAUUGAUUGUGGAGACCUGCCACUCAAACCCACAGAGGUCAGCAUCCUUUUCUGCAACAUAGAGGACAUCUAUGAGUUCAACAGUGAGCUUUUGGAAGAUCUGGAGCGCAGCCCUCAUGCUGCAGCAAUGGCAGAGUGCUUCCUGGAGAGGAGUGAAAACUUUGAGAUUUAUACCACUUACUGCAUGAACUAUCCCAACUCUGUGGCCGUCCUAAGGGACUGCAUGAAAAAUGACAGCCUGGUGCGCUUCUUCCAGGAGAGGCAGGCCACCCUCUGCCACUCGCUGCCCCUGGAGACCUACCUGCUGAAGCCUGUGCAGAGGAUCAUGAAGUACCACCUCCUGCUACAGGAGUUGUCCAAACACUUUGACAAAAGUGACCCAGGAUAUGAGGUAGUAGAGGAUGCCAUCAUCACUAUGACUGCAGUGGCCUGGUAUAUCAAUGACAUGAAAGAGAAACAGGAGCAUGCAGUAAGACUGCAGGAAAUUGAGAGCUUGUUGGUAAACUGGACUGGUCCUGAUCUCAGUGGGUUUGGAGAGCUCGUUCUUGAAGGUUCCUUCCGAGUUCAGCGAGUUAAAAAGGAGAGAGCUUUCUUUCUGUUUGACAAAAUGCUGCUUAUUGCCAAGAAGAGGCAGGAUCACUUCAUGUACAGCACACAUAUUUUUUGCUGCAACUUACUCUUGGUGGAAAAUAUGAAGGAUCCCCUCUGUUUCAAGGUGUCAGAUCAGACAAUCCCUAAACAACAGCACAUUGUUCAGGCUAAAAACCAGGAGGAGAAGCGAUUGUGGCUGCAUUACCUCAAGAGGCUGAUAGUGGAGAACCACCCUGCAUCUCUACCCCAGAAGGCAAGACAGGUUCUUGGUGAUGAUUUCUAUCCAUCCCCUCAGUUUGAACAUGAGCUGAUCCGAAAACCUGCCCCUUCUCCACGACUGGAUGAUGCCUCCAGCUAUCACAGAGGAAGAAGACAAUCAGAGCCCCCAGAAUUCAUCUAUACUCCUGAGAAAGCCAGGAAAAGCUUUCCAAUGCUAGUGGAGGGAAAUCUGCCAUAUCGCCGUGGGCGCAGACAGUCAGCUCCUGCUAAUGAUAUAGAAGCAGCAUUUCAACAAGGUGUCUCUUUAAAGGCUGGGAGUGAGGGUGAGGUGUAUCCACAGGUGGACGGUCUGGGCUCCAGCGGUAGCACGAGCACGCUCGCAUCAUCUGUCAUCGAAGUAGAGUCAGGCCAGGAGACCCGGGGCCUGGCUCAGGAAGAGGACGAGGACAUGGUCCCUCUCUCACCACCCCCAACGCUCUCCAUCACAGAGGAAAUCAUGCAGUUUAUCAACCAAAGUCGUGUACGAGAGGGAAUGGCAGAGCUGUCCACUGAACUGUGUGAGCCCAGGUUAGAGUCCCUGGAUGCCCAGCCCACUGAACCACAAAAAGUAGAUGGACAUGACCUACCCCAAGUAAAAGAGGAAGACAAUCAGCAAGAGGUUAUUCCCAACAACCUCGAGUCUCAACAAAAACCAUUUGAUGUUAUAUCAGACCAUGAAGAUGAUAACAACCACUCUGCACAUAGUUUCACCACUGACUCACCAUCUGUGAAAGAUUUUAGAAAAGAAGAUAUAUCUCUCAUAUGUCCACUCUCUCAUAUGUCCAAACAUAUUGGAGGUAUGACGUCCUUGGAGAACAACCAGAGUGAAUCACACAAACCACAGGUAUUCAUAGCCACAACCAUGCCUCAGGAGACUGAGGCAGCUGAGGACACCACUGCCGAGGAUGAAAGAUCUAAUCCAACAAAUAGCAUAGAAGAAGCCAUCAAAGAUGAAUCAGCUGAACCCCAUUCUCUCUGUGAUCACCCCCCUUCAUGCAAACCUGCAGAGAACUCUCAGGCACCUAAGGUGGGAGUUGAACAGAAGCUGACAAAAAAUGACAGGCAGAUCAUUGAAAAGAUUCGCAGCUACUAUGAGGCAGCAGAGACUGUGGUGGAUGAUGGGCAGGCAACACGAAGAAACAGCUUCUCCGAUAUACCCACAGGCUUGGUAAAAGAUUCAGUGUCACGCUUCAACAUCUUUGUUCCCCAGGUCAGCUGCGAUUCUGAGAGUGGACGCUCCGAUUGCAAUGACAGUGAUAUCAUGUCACCUCCACCCAUUGUGCCUGACCAAAACAGAAGCUCUUUUACACAGCCAAUCAGUCCUGCUUCUGCAUUUUCAUGCAACAACCAAGGACAAAGUCAGACUGAAUCAAAAUGUGAUGUUGACCUGCAGGCUUGUGACUUCAAACCCUGCAUGGAGCUAUGGAAGGAGAAGGAGAGGAAGGCAUCCAGUUUCCAAAGGAACCUGAAAGAUACUGGGAAUAAAGUGGACAGCUUUAAUGAAGACAAAGAACCAUGUGCAAUACAUCCAUCAUCUAUAAAUGAUAAGAGGACUCAAGGACUCCAAGGAAAAACAAUGCUGGAGCAAAACAAUAAAGAGUGCACAGGGAUAAACAGUCCUCAGGAAAAACAAAAGGCUGCCAAAAUACUACAAGCUGUUGCUGGGACCAGAGAAACAAUUGCUCUUAAUAAUAGUCUGGAUGGCCUACCCAGUCAUAUUAAAGUGGGGCGCUUGUCUCGCCAUAGCAAAGUGGGUCCCUGCAGUAAAACACUUUAUGAAGGUAUGGCAGAUGUCACAGGUUUAGGAUUUUUUGAAGAUGGACCAAUGAGUCAGUGCUUAGUAGAAAACUCAGAAAAAAUCCUGAGUAAGGUGCAAAUGUUAGCACGUAUGUACACAGCCAAAGCAAGCAGUAUGAAGGUACCACUACAUCAGAAACAGACAUUUGUAGCACAGCGAGCAUGGGUAGCACCCAAUAAAGUCAACCCUCCUAUAAAGUCUCAGCAGAUGUUGCAUCAGGCACAGGUGAAGACACAAGAUCAACUCUCAGAUUUUCACAUGGACUCUGUCAUUUCCUCUUCAAUUGAGUCUUUUGGACAUGUUGUUGUUAGAGAACAGUUCACCACAACCCAUCACCAAGAAAAUGAUUGCAAUCUUAUUGGACAAAAAGAGCUUACUACACAGCUUGGAUAUAGUAAAACAGAAACGUCUUUGUUUGAGUCCACCAUUGCUUGCACCGAGAUAUCAUCAGCAAUAAUAGAGGAGAAUUUGGCUAUACAAAUGGGCACUGAUGAGGUGUCACAAGGCAUUGAUAUUGUUUCCACAGAGAGUUAUGAAUCGAGCAAAGAAGAGCAAGCCAUAUCACUUCCUCCUUGCUCUCAAUCACAAGCACAAGUUAUGUCUGAAAUAACUGAUCACUGUGAGCAGAAGUCUGAUCACACUUUGUGUUCAGUAAGGGAAGAUAAUUCAGCAGCAUUCUCCACAUGUGUGAGAGAAGAUGGAAUUCAAACACAGUUGUCACCUGGGGACAAACUAGUGAUGUCUUGUGGUUCUGACUAUAAGGUUGAACUUUUUACUGAUCCUGUAAAAACAGAAUUUCUCAAAGAAGAAGCCUACAAUGCUGGAGAGAAAUAUAACUCAGUUUUAAAGCCCCGUGACAGCAAAAUGUCCACUGUGGAUACAUUUGGUGAAAUGCAGCUGCAGGCAUCAGUAUAUUCUGAAUUUCCUGAUUAUGCAGCUACUUGCACUGAGAACUGCUUAUCUAAAGAAUCUCUGUCAUCUAUUGAUGUUAUAGAGACAUCUCUUCCUAUGGUGUCAGCCACAUAUGUGGGCAACAGCAUCUCGGACAGAACAAGCAACACAGAAUCCCAAUUGUUGCUGGAUAUACCCAUCUCCAAAGUAUCUGAGCAGACAUGUUUGUCACAGCCCCAGUCUCAAUCUUCACCUACAGCAAACUUUACAAAAGUGCCAUUCCCGAGGGAUAUGCAUAAUCCAGAGCCUUUGAAAGCCAAAGAGGAAUCAAACAAUGGUUUGCUAGUGUUAAGCCCACCUUCCACGCCUCCUCCAUGUGGACCUACCACAGACAACCUCCCAAAGUUCACCAGCCAAAGACCUUCCAAUCUGCCAACUACUAUGGGUAGAAGGAGCCUCUCUGGUAACUGGAACACAUUAAAUCUUAUGUCUUCCCAAAGGAUACCACAGACUCGACCCUGGUCCAGGGAUCAAGAUCAGGAUUACAUAUCUUCUGCAUCUGCAGCUUCUUCUGAUAGUCUGUCUAUCAAUGAUAAAUCUUCAGGCAUUCCAUUAGGUUGUUCUGUAGACACAAGACCACUGUCUGCCUUUAGCACUCGUCUUCGGAUGCGCUCACCCUCUCCUGUGAGAAGCUCUCAACAGCCCACAUCCCCUACAAAUCCAUCUGCCCUCGCCAAGUCCCUUGCUGCAUCCUGUAUCAGUCAGACUAUCUCUCAAAGCAUGGCCAAAAGGAAUGCUUGCAUCCAGGCCAGGUCCCCUACUGCCAGUUCCACUCCCUCCUCAGCAUCAGUUCUAAGACUUAGAUCUCCCUCUCCUAAACCUACCAACCUGCACAACAGUGCUCAGGCUGAAAUUGGCACUGUAGGGCUGGGAAGCCAGAUUCCUAAGUGUCCCCCUUCACCUUUUUGUUCUAAUACUCUGUGCUCCAGCGCAGCACCUAUACAGUCUCCUCCUCCUUAUUGCUGCCAACAAUCAUUGUCCCCUGCUCCCCUCGGAACAUACCCCUCGGUGUCUUCUGUUGGACACACACGGUCAGAUAACAUUGAACAGUCUCCUCAUACUAGUUUGAAUGGUAACAACAACAACAACAAUAACAACAAUAACAGUCUGUUUAGUAACGGAUGGGCCAGUACAAAAACAUUAUCAUCAAAUAUGGGUGGAGCUUCUCAUUGCCAUGAUCCACAUCAAGUAACCUCUCACAACAGAAUUGCUCGCCCCUUCCUAUCCUCCGAGCCUAACUCACGUGUGCAGUCACCCUCAACCUGUCCUUCCCCAUCUCUGUUCACCCGCAUCGGUUCUCCACCACUUCUUCAGAGCAGUGUUGGUCCAUUGAUAACCAAGCCUCCCAACCCACGGGCCCUCAGGCAAGGUGGGUCUAGCCCCUUUAUACCUCUGUCUUUAGAGCUUUCUAGGAGUGCUUCAAUUUGCUCUUUGUCUCCAUGUGCAAGUCCUAGGGUAACCUCCCCACCUCCUAUUGGCAUUCCUACAAAUGUAUGGUGCAUUGCAAGCCCUAAGCCAAGGAACCCAAUACUAGCGACACCUCCAUUCCCAACAAAAGCAGAGGUGAAUUCUACAUCAAGAAGUUAUGGAAUCGCUUCUCCAUUUUCAGGAGUCUCUCCAAGUUCAGCAUCCCACACCUCCCAAAGCCAGCACAAACAAAGGGGUAGCAAUUUGUCAUAUGUGAGUCUGGCAAGAAGGCAAUCCAGCCCAUCCAGAAAUGAGCAUAGAUCUUGGACUGAGAAUGGACGAUGGUCAGUGGACUUAGAGUUGGGCUUCAACUAGUCCUCAUGGGCAUUCUUUACAAUGGCACCCCAGUGUGCGUCAGUCCAGGACCACAGUCUCCUGUUAGGCUGACUGCUGGUAAGACUAGCCAUGGUGGAAAACAUCUACCAAGAAUUGCCUGGCCAGAUGUGCAUGAACUGCUGACCAAAUAUAAUACAGAGGACAAUUCUGAAUGUAACAAUAUACCCUCUUUUUCUUAUCCUGAAACUGGACUGGAGGACUCAGAACUAGGAAAUGCUACAUGCCAAAGUAGUCUUAUCUGUGCCUAUGUGGCUUGCACCACCCCUGUGCCUGAAAA